GUCCAGCCUGACGGAGCAGCGAGCACGCAGGGCGCAGCAUCAGGGACUCAAGGACCUGCGAGUCCAGGAAGAGGCAGCAGGAGGCCCGAGGAAGGCAGCUAAACAGCCUCAACCCCGAGGAGCGGCGUCCGUGGAUGGACAGUGCAGGCACCCAUGGCAUCACAGGAGCUUGUGGAUGCGAGAGACUCUGCCACUGAUAACCUGAACCCGGGAAUGGAGGGCGGCGCUGUGCCCAGCGGCGGUAAAACAUGCCCCGUCCACACGCCCGGCGGAGAGGACGCGAAGAGAGGCUUUCGGAAAGGCAUCGGGAGGCAUAAUGACUACGUGAAGAUCUCUGUGCCAGAGUCCAAGGUCAACCGUCUGCCCAUGGAGUGGUGGAAGACGGCGGUCGCGUUCUUUUAUGCUGGUUUUAACUUGGUCCUGACCACAGUUGUCAUCACUAUAGUCCACGAGAGGGUCCCGCCCAAAGAAAGCAGCCCGCCUCUCCCUGAUAAGUUCUUUGACUAUAUUGACAGGGUCAAGUGGGCUUUCACAGUGACGGAGAUCAAUGGCAUGGUGCUGCUGGUCAUUUGGCUGAUCCAGUUGUUCUUCUUCAGAUACAAGUCAAUAGCGAGCAGGCGAUUCUUCUUCCUCAUUGGCACCCUGUACUUGUACCGCUGCGUCACGAUGUACAUCACCACCCUCCCUGUACCCGGCAUGCAUAUGACUUGCGCUCCUAAGCUCCACGGAGACUCCCAGGCAAAAAUCCAGCGAAUCCUGCGCCUGGUCUCAGGUGGCGGUCUGUCCAUUACAAGCUCCCAUCUCUUGUGUGGCGACUUCCUCUACAGCGGACACACUGUGAUGCUCACUCUCACCUACCUGUUCAUUAAGGAGUACUCACCGCGGUCGUUUUGGUGGUACCAUCUGAUGUGCUGGCUGCUGAGCGCCGUGGGCGUGGUGUGCAUCUUGGUGGCACAUGAGCACUACAGCGUGGAUGUGGUCGUGGCCUAUUUUAUCACCUCCCGCCUGUUCUGGUGGUACCACACCAUGGCCAACUUACAGACUCUGAAAUGCUCACCCAACAACUACCUCACCAACACCUGGUGGAAUCCGCUGUUCAACUUCCUGGAGAGGAACGUCCAAACCUCGGUGCCAUGCUCUUACAGUUGGCCCAUCACCUGGCCUCCGGCCUGCCUUAAGAACCCCUGCAAGAAGUACUCCAUGGUACAGAGCACACGAGAGGAGUGACCCCGGUGCCCCUGCAGCGCUGCCUGAUAACCCCUCGAGUGGUCUCCUUUCAUUCAGUCUGGAACAGAAUGGUGGCAAACGCAUCGCUGUGAGAGAAAUGUUUCCUCAGAAACGUGUAGAAGGAUAAUCAUAUUGUCUCUGUGUGUUCAUUGUCAGUGUAAUUUAUUUAUGAGGUGAAGUCCCGCGAAGCCGUCAUUGUUUUCGUAACUGCUGCUCGUGUCAGCUCCUAGUGAAUCUCACCCAGGAACGGACAGUUUGGUGCAACUGCAGCCGGUUUGUUGCAGCAUCUGCAAGACUUGUUUUGCAUUAUUUUAGAUCUGCUACCAUAACUAUUUCAUACUGUAAGUGUUGACGGGGUUUACCUCAAUAUGAUAUCAGUGUGCUCAAGUCACAAGGUGCCUUAGUGUGUUUAACGUCAGUAGGUGUUCUGAAACUGCCAUUACGUGUCGUACCUGUAUUUGUUUUUUUUUUCUAUGAGUUUUUUCUAAUUAUUAUCAUUAUUGAUAUCGCAUUCAUUUUAGUAGCCUUGAGUGUGUAUAUUCUAGCUGUAGUCUCAACAUUGUACUAUUGUAUUAAAAUUUACCCAUACUAAGGCUUCACUGUGCUUUUUGAUUGAAUGAAACCGUCAGUCAAAAAUCAUAAUCAUGUUAUAUACUGCAGCUGCGUGU